CCUCGGACACCGGCCUCGGCAUCGCCAGUCAUACCCUCCAGCACCAUGUCAACAGGCGUGCGGACCGUCAACCUCGAGCGCGCGCGCAAGAUCGCGCUCUCGCACCUGACGUCCAAGCCGUCCAACAAGUUUGUGCACAAGACACAAGGCCGCGUGCCCAAGUUCAAGGGGCGGGGAUUCGUGCAUCUCAAGGACCGUAUCCCGCGCUUCAACAUCAUCAAGGGCGACCGAGUACGCAUCCUUGUCGGUGCGCCAAAAGACAAGUUCAACGAUGCCGACGAGGGCCGCGAGUCCGGGUACAAGGUGUACACUGUGGCGGACGUCGACAAGACCACAAACCGCGUGUACCUCGAGGGCUUGACGAACAAGCGCGCCAACUCGCCGCGGCCGCUGCCGCCCGACUUUGACAGCCUGACGCCCGAGGCGCAGAAGGAGUGGACAGAGCAGAAGAACUGGGUCGCGACGCAGCGUCCCGUGCAGUACUCGAACGUGCAGCUGUGUGUGGAGGAGGCGGGGGCCGAGAGCGUGUUCGCGACGCGCAUCGCGACGUCGGCGCCGGUUUUCGAUCGCGCGACCAACCGGUUCGUGUGGGAGCGCUUUGCUGCCAAGACGAGUGCGCCGACCGCGGCUCCCAUUGAUGCGGCCAAGGGCCAGAUUCACAUCCCGUGGCCCGUCGUCGAGGCGUCCAAGCCCGAGCCGCCCACGGCGCAGGACACGCGCAAGGACGUCGUGCAGCGCGCGACGCUGCGGCUCGCCGCGCCCUCUGAUGUGCCGGCAUCUCUCGUUCCCAACUCGCUCCGCGCCCCUGCCCCCUCCGACCAGACCUGGGCGGACAAGUACAUCCUUCAGCCCGGCGCACGGGGACAGGCAGCACUGCAGGCGGCUAUGCCGCUGUAUCUCUCCGAAGAGUUGUCGCCGCGGUUCUCGCGCGCGAAGCAGCAGAGCGGAUGGACGGCACGCCGCACCGCCGAGGCCGAGGCGCGCGCCCAGGCCGUCAAGGAGGCCGUGGACGCGUGGACCGCCGCAGGCAAGGACAAGGGCUUGUCUGCCGUGCUGGCGAACGAGUACGUGAACCUCAGCGGCGUGCAGAUCCGGCCGCGUACCGAGACCGAGGUGGCCGAGGCAGCGGCGCAGGCGUUUGACGAGGAGAUCCGCCUCGCACGCCGCGAGGUCAAGUAUCACGUUGCGGCGGGGCGCGUGUUCAAGGACGGCGAGUGGGUCGAGGGCGAGAAGGGUAUCAAGCUCGAGGCCAAGCGGGCGCGCAAGGAGCGCAAGGCGCGCAAGGCGAUCGAGAGGCUCGAGAAGCUCGCCCUCGAGGAGACCAAGAACCAGGUCAUCCCGCCCGACGUGCGCAAGGUCGGCGCGUAACCAUAGACAUGCAUCACACUUCAUAUGAGCGAAAACGAGCAGAGUAACCACUAAUCCACCAACUAUCGA